AUGCCGUACAAGUUCAGCCUCAGGAAAGCACGCUGGGGAACAAAGUCUUCAAGACGACGCCCCCAAGAGGGAAGCGACGUGGAUCGACGCCGUCGUCCGGCCCUGCCACGGCCUAGGCUUUCACCCGAAGAACUAAGCUCCGGGAGCGGAGGAGGUCGAAGGCUCCAUGAAGGCCCCCAAGAGGAUAGCGACAUCCGCAGCUGCCGCGCCAUCAUCUUUCGCUCGGAGCAGCCGAACCUCCGCACUCCCACGUUGCCGAACGGAGAUGAGGGAGACCCACAACGCCGCCGGCCUGCGAACCACUGGGACAAGCACCUCCCACGCGGCGACGACGCCACACCACGUAGGACCACCAACCUCACCGCCGGCAGGAGCCGACGCCCGCCGCAACGAGCAACCGACAACAACCGGCAGAUCACCACCCGCAGAGGAAGAAGCAGGGGAGAGGGGCCGCCACCCCGCUCACCCUCGCCGGACAGCAGCCGUGAGCCGCCGUCGACGCCGCCACAUCUGGGAGGAUCCGGAGCUCCGCCCGCCGCCGCGCUGCUCGAACCACCGGGGCGCCGAGCCGAGCCGCCGGCCGACGACCCGGAGCAAGCCCGGCAGGCCCGCAGGAGCCCAUCCGGGCCCGCAGACGCGCCGCCAAGCCCCACCGCGCCCCGCCGCACCACCUCCGGCCCCGACCUCGACCCGGCCACGGACCACCGGCCGCCCGCAGCCCCGCCGGCGCCCGGCCGCCGGCCCAUCGCGCCCGCCGCACACACGCCGCGCCCGGCGAGCUCCUCCUCGCCAGGGGACGCGGGAGGGGAGAGAAUGCCCCGCCGCCACCUUCCCCGGGGGCGCGCGCGGCUUUGCCGGGCCCCUCCGGCGGCGGCGGGCUGA